AUGAACUUUGCUCAUUUUUUGAUAAUCUUAUGGCAGCGCUCUCUUGCCACUGAUCUUCAGAACCUUUCAAUGGAACUUCGUAAGAAACAGUCAACUUACUUGCAGCGCCUUCGGCAGCAGAAAGAGGGUCCUGAUGGGAUGGACCUAGAAAUGAACUUAAAUAGAAACCAUUCUAGGAUGGAGGAUGACGAAUUGGAUGAAAUGGGAUUUAAUGAACACCAGAUGGCCAAACUAAAGAAAAGUGAGGCAUUCACAGCAGAAAGGGAGAGAGAGAUUCAACAGGUAGUGGAAUCGGUGAAUGAACUUGCCCAAAUCAUGAAGGAUCUGUCUGUCCUUGUGAUUGACCAGGGCACUAUUGUUGAUAGGAUUGAUUACAACAUUCAGAAUGUUGCCGCAUCAGUGGAGGAGGGUUUGAAACAGCUUCAGAAGGCAGAGAGAACUCAGAAAAAAGGGGGCAUGGUGAUGUGCGCUACAGUGCUCAUUAUCAUGUGCUUUAUAAUGUUGGUCCUCCUAAUUAUUAAAGAAAUAUUUUUGUGA